AUGAGAAAGAUGCCCCGAUGCAUCUUGCAUGCUGGUCUUCCUUCGCUCAAACAUCCCAACAUUGAACCCGAACACAAGUACAUGUUGUGUUAUAUACGCAGAAACUUGGUUGAGGUGACUAUUUUCUGGCGUGCAGCCGAGGAGGAUCUUGCACCGAAGCUCAAUGAGAAUGAAGAACUCAAGUUGAAGCUGGAGGCUGCCGAGUCAGCCGCCAUCAACCAGCAAGCCUCCAAGUCAACCGAACAACGCCGAGUAUAA